CACCCGGACGGAGAGCAGGGGCGGGCCGAAGUCUGCGCCACCUGUUCGCCAUCUUGGGUCCGGUCCAGGUGUUCCGUGCUGCCCAGGCGUCCCGGGAGGUUCUGCACAUGGCCGCGCGAGGAACCAUGGUGUGCACCCUGGUGCCCCGGAAUCUGGAGAUGGAGCGGGAGCAGGUGUCAUUUGAGGACGUGGCCGUGGACUUCACCCGGGAGGAGUGGCAGGACCUGGAUGCUGCUCAGAGGACCCUCUACAGGGACGUGAUGCUGGAGACCUACAGCAGCCUGCUGUCCUUGGGGCACUGUCUGAACAAACCUGAGUUGAUCUUCAAGUUGGAGCAAGGACUUGGGCCAUGUACUGCAACAGAAGCCUCGGACAGGAGCCGCCCAGAUCUUCCUGUAUUGACUGCCCAGAAUGUGACCAGCCAGGAAAAUCAUAAGGUGCAUUUGUGGGAAGUUGAAACUCUCCAAACCAAGACAUCAAGUGAAAAGAUUGCAGAGCUAAAGGAGCAGCAGGGGAUCCAUCCAGGGUCAAAGUCCUGUGGAACUGAGGCGAAUAGGAAGACAUUUCGCCAGAAAUCACAGGGCUCCAGGAAUCAAACGUCUCAGACCCGUAAGAAAAUCGUCCGUUCAACUCUCAGUGAAGCUCAGAGGCUUCGUAAGGGUGGGAAAGGCAGGGAAGCUUCCUUCCAGAGCUCACAUGCUACCGUCUGUCAGGAAGCGCCUACGGAUGUGCAGCGUUGUGAACGUACGAAAUGCAGCUCAGAACAUCAGAGAAUUCACACAAGUGAGAAGCCCUAUGAAUGUACAGCAUGUGGGAAGACUUUCUCCUUCAGGUCAUACCUCACCCAACAUCAGAAAAUUCACACAGGCAAGAAGGCCUUUGUGUGUUCCGAGUGUGGGAGAGCCUUCUACACUAAGGGGAGACUUACUGUGCAUCAGCUAAUUCAUACACGGGAGAAGCCCUAUGAGUGUGCAAGAUGUGGGAAGGCUUUCUCCAUCAAGACGUACCUCACUCAGCAUCAGAAAAUCCACACAGGCAAGAAGCCUUAUGAAUGUGCAGAGUGUGGGAAAGCCUUCUACCGACUAGCACACCUCACUUUACAUCAGAGAACUCAUACGAAUGAGAAGCCCUAUGCUUGUACAAAAUGCCAGAAAUCUUUCUACUGCCAGUCCCAGCUAGCCCUACAUCAGCGAACUCAUACGGGUGAGAAGCCUUUUAAGUGCAUGGAAUGUGGGAAACCUUUCUACUAUAAGUCACACCUAACUCGACAUCAGAGAAUUCACAGCGAUGAGAAGAAGCCCUUUGAAUGUGCGGAAUGUGAGAAAGCCUUCUACUGCAAAUCGGACCUCACUGUGCAUCAGAGGACUCACACGGGCGAGAAGCCCUAUGCGUGUGUGGAGUGUGGGAAAUCAUUCCACCAGAAGUCCACACUCCUUCUACAUCAGAGGACUCACAUAGGUGAGAAGUCGUAUGCGUGCUCAGACUGUGGCAAAGUUUUCUACUACAAGUCACAUCUCACUCUGCAUCAGACCAUACACACAGAUACACGCCCCUAUGUGUGUACCGAGUGUGGCAGAUAUUUCUACUAUAAAUCACAACUCAUUGUACAUGGGCGGACUCACACAGGCGAUAAGCCCUAUGAGUGUAGGGAAUGUGGGAAAGCCUUCUCCCGCAAGCCGCACCUCACUCGACAUCAAAGUACUCACACAGGUAAGAGCGAUUUGAGUGCAAAUAAUGUAGGGACGCUUUCUGCUGCCAAUCACAACUCGCAGUACACCAGGGAACACGCGCGAGUGGCAGGCGUUCUGAAGGAAAAGAAUGCAGGAUAGUUUUCUACUUCACGUCACGAGUGACAGUGGGCGGCUCAGGUGAGGAGCCCUGAGAAGAGAAGGAGGGAACUUUAUACCGUGAGUCACAGUGAAGAAUGAAUGUGAGUGACCAUUCACAUGUGGCGGGAAAGUGCCAGGGGCUUCGUGCAAGUCACGGUUCUGCGGCAUCCGAAGGGGUAAUCAGCUCAGAAGCCCCGUGACCGUGUGGAGUGAAGCCCAGCUUUCUCUACGUCACCGCUCAGGCGCAUUAGCGCUCUCACACAGACAAGAAGCUUUACAGAUGUGGAGUGAAGAAAGUCAGUCCCCGUACCUGCCCCAGCACAAGAGGCCACAUGGAUGAUAAUAUAAGGAGUAUUGGGAUUUUUUUUUUAAUCAUUUAUUGAAAACUGAAACUCGGGGAUAAAUAUUAAGAAAUAAACGUGAGAAAUUCACAGAGUAACUGAGAAACAAUCCACUUUCUCUACUUCCUUAAUCUAAGAGCAGGCAGCCCCUUGGCCCCACCUCUUUCUUCACUGUGUGCCUUUUUCUCCUCUUAGUCAGCCAGAGAACUCAAUGGCCCAUUCUGGUCAGCUGAAUGUGAACUUUGUCCCCUAAACUGAGAUCAACUCCGUUGGUGGUGGUCCAGAGCAAUCAACACCAGCAGAUCUCCCCCAGCGCAGAAAAGCUUAGUAGACCCGUUAGUCCUCGCCUGACUACUUAGAAUGCCCGUAAGUCAGAAGACUGAUAGUUAUAAGAACUAUGAAAAUGUAUCCUUACUAAGCAUCAGCAACACCCUACAGGAUCAGGACUUCUGCCUGGGGAGGAUUCUGUACUGCAGUUCUGUAUGUAAGAAAAUCCAUACAUGAUAAAACCUAGGAAUUUAAGGAAUGUAAGAAAAUUUUAUGAUACAGGAGCCAAGAUGGCCGUGGUGCUUAUGGCUCCUGCAGGGGGCAGUCGAGUCUCUCCUGAGCCCCCGUCCCCCACAACCAACCACCGCUGACAACCCACAGGUGAGAGACGCUUUAACCCAACCAGUGCCCCCUCCUCCCUCCCCAUCACCCCUGUAGCCAGCAUGGAGGAGCUGCCUCCGCCGCCGCCACCACCGCUACUGCCAAAACCUAAUCCCAAACCUGAGCACUGCCCUACAACAGUGCAUCAGAGAGAAUGACUGUACCUUCACUAAAUAUGUCCUGGCACUUCUGUAAUUUCUGAUAUCAGAAUCUUUUAAAAAUAUUUGAAGAUUCAUUCAAGAUGGUGGUGGUCACUGACACUGGUGGUACCACAGAGCAACUUGUGGGGUGGGUCCCUCCUGAGCUGCCCAAGGGCUACAGGCAAGACAGUCAUACUCAGUGAGCCUUCACCAAGGGCAGAGCCAUGUGCUGUGGCCUGGAGCUCUAUCGGGUCCUGCCCUGGACACCCUGCCCAGCUGAAAGAUCACCCUGACUCGGCAACAGCAGGAUAUCUGAGAGGAGCCUCAGCAAUAGUCCAGUAUUUAUGGUGCUUCAGAAACCAGAGAUCUUGAACCACACCAAUGACUCAUUGCAAUAAGUAUGUGCAUAUAAAGCUAUUUGGACAAAAAAAAUAUACUGUGUGACACGCUGCAGUUUGCAAUGCCACUUUGAUAAAUAAACAUCCAACGGAGUGGCUGGAAGGACAGUGGGAGGGAGCAGCGCGUGAAGAAAGACAGAACUAGAGCCACGGUGGUGGUGGCGACAGGUGUGGGAGUGCAGCACGGGACGGGGAGCGUGCCAUGGUCAAGUAGGGGCAGCAGGGUGGGGAGCAGCAGCCUGGAUCACAUGUGGGCUCCAGUCCCGAAGAUGCUCCCCAGCCUCCAGGGUCCACUGGCUCCUAGCAACGUCAGGAUGUCCAUGGAGACUGGUUCAUUUUCUGGACUGGGUCUUCUCACAAAUCCUCCAUGGUCCGUAUUGCUAUAUAUGGCCUGUGCUACAGCUGCCGCUGUCGUGGUGCUGUGGUCUGGACUGCUUGUGCAGGCUGUGUUAAUGCCUUUAGACUGUGUUGCUACCAGAGACCAUAAGGAUGGCUGUGGCCUAUGCUCCCUGUGGGGGCCGUGUUGGCAUUAGUGGUCUGUGUUUCUGCCAGAGUCCAGUGUUGAUGUCCUUGGUCAGUGCUGCCGCCUGAGACUGCUGAUUUUCUUGGUCCACACUACUUGCUGCCAUAGGACAAGUGGUUGUCUGUGGAAUGGGCUGCUGCCUGAGGCCAUGUUGAUGUUUGUAGUCAGUGUUGCCAGCAGGUAUCAGUGGUCUGGGCUCUUGCUGGAGGUCAUGUUUGUCCAUCGUCUGUCCCACCACAGGGGACGGUGUAGCUAUCCACCAGAGGCCAUGCUGAUGUUUGGUCCAUGCUGCUGCUGAGGGUCAUGUUGGUGCUUGUGAUCAGGGCCGCCAAAGAGACCUCGUUGAUGUCUGUGGUCUCUGAUGCCAUUGGAGGCAAUGGUGACGUCUGUGAUCUGUGCUGAUGUCUGAGGUCUGUGCAGCCACCAGAGACCAUGAUGAGGUCUGUGGUCUAUGCUGUCUUCAGGGACCAUGUUGAGGUCCAUCUUCCAUUAUUCACAGAGGCCGUGUGGAUGUCCGUGGUCAGAGCAGCCUUGGGAAACCAUGUAGAAGCCCAUGAUCCAGGCUGCUGUUGGUUGUUGUGGGCAAGGAAGCAUCUGUUGCAAUGGUGUCAAUGACUCCAGCCAGACUCAAAAUUGAGAAUAAGAGACAAUGAAGACUUCUGCAACAACCUACACACACACACACACACACACACACACACACACACACACCAAGAGAAAAGAGCAGUCUAGACAGGAAGCCAUUGAGAAAAGUCCUUAAAUAUUGUGAUAAAGAUGCUGAAGGGUAGCUCUUCACAGUUAUUGACUUCUGGUGGGGGAUGGGAAAGGACUCAGUUAUCUUUAAGGGGCUGGGCCCUGGGAGUUUUACCACACUCUAAUGAGUAUAUGGCACUAUGAAUUGUACUUGGUGUAUUUGGGGGCAGGGCACAAGGGUGGGAGGUUGGACCUGGGAGGAAUGGGGAGUGUGACCGGGAUACGUAGUUUGAAAUUCCCAAAUAAUAAAAAUAUUAUGCUGGAAAAAUGUCUCUAUUAUAAAAAGCAGAGAAGAAUCUUAUGAAAUCUCAGUGUCAGUGUGUACAAGUGGACGGGCAACCGUGUGGAUGUGAGGAAUACAGAAAAGGCUUCCCAGGCAAUUGUGUCACUUUGCCUCUGAAACCUCGCUCAGUUGAAGGACCACGUGAGAGUAACGAACACCGGAAAGCUCUGCCCUGAGAGGGUAGACAGGCCAGCCCUCACAUUACCUCUUGUAAGCGAGAAAGCGUGCCAGGAAAUACUUAGCCAUGUAGUGACACAUGCUUUCGUUGCUAAUUAAUUCAUGUCCUGGUGCAGCAGUUUUAUUAAGAAACCAAUGUUGAAUGCUAGUCUCAGCCAGAUCAGUGAAACAAACGUCGGGUGUGGUAGCGCAUGCCUUUAACCCCAGCGGAGACAGGCACCUGGGAGUCUGAGGCCUACAGCCAGGGCGAGACAGUAAGACCCUGCCUGUAAAGAACAGUCUGCAGAGCAUUCUACGAUACGCAUGACUUGUCACGUCAGCCACACGGGCUGGGAAAAACACAAAUGUAAAGAGGGCCAAAGCUGUCUUCACUGAACACGGAAGACCCUGCUGGCACCAGAACUUCAACAGCAGCGAGGAGUACAGUGAAGGAAAAUAUGAAGCCAUCAUUCACCUGCUUUCUUAUCAAACAUAAUGAAAUCUUGCAAACGUGAGGACUAUGAUAUAUUGAUAUAUAUAUAUAUAUAUAUAUAUAUAUAUAUAUAUAUAUGGAUUUUAGCUUUACUCAUAUCAUUGGACAUCAAAUUACUUUUAAAAAUUCAGGCUGUUGAUUAAUCUCAGUGGUCAACCUCAUCUGCUCUAGACUAGCCUAUGUGAUGAUCCUUUGAGGAAACCCGUGGGGGAAUAUAUUAUAUUAAUUAUGAUGGGAAUGCAUACCCACCCACCGUUGAUGGUGCCUUGACCUGGGCUAGAAUCCAGGGCUGUAUACAGAGACAAAAACUGACCAAGGCAAGCAUUGCUCUUUGCUUUGUGACUCUGGGUACACUAUUACAAGCUGCUUCAAGCUCUCAUUGUCUUGACUUCCUCUUCUGGUUUGAAUAAGACUUUUCCCCUUUUGGUUCAUGAUUUCAGCACUUGGUGGUGCUGUUGCAGGUUAUAGAGUCUGCUGGAGGAUGUAUGUAUGUCACUGGUGGUGGGCCUGGAGUUCAUGAUCUCACCCAACUUCCAGGUCUCACUUUCUGCCUCCUGUAUGCAACUGAGAUGUGAUCUUCGGGUUCUCACUUUUGAUGCUAAGCCUUUCCACCAGUAUGAAAAUCUAGUCCUCUAGAAUUUUAAGCCAAAAUAAACUCUUCCUUCUGUU